UUAUUAUCCUUUUUGACGUUGCUGUCAUAAGCAAAACACAGCACGUGUGAAAAAUGCGUAUAGAAACGUGUUAUUUCUGCUCCUCCAGGAUAUAUCCUGGACAUGGGAUCCAAUUCGUAAGGAACGAUUGCAAGAUUUUCAGGUUCUGCCGUUCAAAAUGCCACGCAGCGUUCAAAAAGAAGAAGAACCCACGUAAAACCAAAUGGACCAAAGCUUACCGUAAGACCGCUGGCAAGGAAUUGGCUAUUGACCCAUCUUUCGAGUUCGAAAAGCGUCGUCACACUCCCGUGACAUACAACAGGGAGUUAUGGACAAAGACCAUCGAAGCCAUGAAAAAGGUGGAGGAGAUCAGACAGAAGCGGUCCAACAACUACAUCAUGCAGAGACUGAGGAAAGGACGCGAGGUUGAGUGGCAGCGGGACGUCAGAGAAGUGCAAAGGGAUAUUUCACUUAUCAGAUCACCAGCAGCAGGCCUCAAACAGCGUCAAGCCGAGGAAGAAACAGAAAUGGAAGUUGAACCAGAAACCAUUGAAGUGGUUGAUGCUAAGGGCCGCAAGCAAAUCAUCGAGGCGCCCGUCAUGGUGCCCGCAGUGGGAGAAAUGAUUGAGGAAGGAGGCGAUAUUGAACUGUAAUCUGUUAUUGCAAAAUGUUUUGAAUUUAAAUGAUGUGGGUCACUUUCAAGCAGUGAAACCACUGAAACCUUAGAGUAUGUGCCCAUGGGCAACUUUUUUCCAGUCUAUGGGCUAGUAUGAAAGUGCGCAUACAAAGUUGCUGGCAACACAGUUGCCCCUGAUUGCAUAACCUUUGUUGUCCACAAAAUUGUUAGUUUAAACAUUCACUCUAGAUUAGUCAUUCUUAAUAUAAAUGCAAAUGUGUAAAACAUACAUUAUGUUUGUGUUUUCAUGUGAAUGUUUUUAUACUGUACAGAGGAAGCAGUGUUCAUAUUUUGCAGUGCAUACAAUUGUUUCUCUUAAUUUAAUAAAUUAAUAAUUAAUGA